UUGCCUCAUCUGUAGAAGAUGGACAAAACGGAAGCGAUUUUAUGCAUUGGAGUAGCUUCUCUUUUAGGGUUGCUCUCUGUAUAGCCUUUGUAUUUGGUAUUAUCAAUAGUGUAGUAAAUCUAUUCAAAGGGGUAAGGAAAAAUAUAUUGAUAUCGCAAGAAUAAUACAACAUUGCUUACUUUUGGCACACUUCGUGAUAGGUCUUGGCAUUGUUAUUACUGGUCUAGUUAUGGGUGCUCAGAUUCCUUAUGGGCUGAAGUAUUUCAUGAUUUAUGAUAUUCAUCUGUUCUGCUUUGUGGUAAUGAAUCAGAUAUAUUGGCUCAUCCUCCUAAAUCAUCUGAAAACGUUCCAGAAAGUUGAUAACUCAAGCAAAGAUACAUUAACAAAUUUUGACUUUAAUUCUUAUAAGAGAAAGAACAUUUGGUUUGAGAUAGCCUGAAGCGUAGCUUUAGGUAUCUUUUACGUAAUAAUCCUUGGACUUCUAAUUUUUGUUAUUGUUGGGGAAAUUGAUGGUUGUGAAGAGAUCCACGAUACAAAAGAUGCUACUAAAAACAACCCUCUCUGCCAAGCUUCUAGAUUUAUUCAAUACUGCUUGUCUUAUUCAAGACCAGGGUUUUUUCUUCUAUGAAUUAUAAGCGAAAUAUACCUGUAUUGGUCCUUACAUAAAAAUUUAAGCAUACAUCUGUACAAGCAUUACGAAAAGAUUGAGGAGAAACUCCGUAGGUUCUUUAUAUCGAGCCUUGCUUUUAAGAUAUUCGUGGUACUCCACACUGCUUUAGAAGUCAUCCCUGGGUCUAAAGUUCAUGGAAUAGAUUACUUCGAAGAUAGUUUUAAGAAGUCAUGGAAGUUUGCCCUAAUUUUCAUACUAUCGUCCCUGAAGGUGAUCUGGUACUUCAUCUACAUUUUUUACACUGCGAAUAACAUUGACUUCCCAGAAUACCUUAUUAGUAUUCUGAGAGCGAGGGAAAAAGAGGGCAGAUUCUCUGAAGUCAGCAUCUUUGUUCGUGUCUCAGGGACUUUAGGGGAGAAUGAGGAGGAUAAUGAGUACAGCCAGUUGACAGCAGGGGAUCCAGAAGAGCGUGAAGACUUGUUCAGAUCAAUGACUGAUAAAGAAAAGGAAAAUAAUGGAUAUGAAAAUAAAGCUUGUAUUAACAAGAGAGAAGAUAGCGAUAGAGCGACAGUUGAUUCUAUUUAA